CUGUACCAUAGCUGUGUGCAGACCUUCAUUCUCAAUGAGAGCGACACACAGAGGGAGCCUGGGAGUGAGAGGAGGAGAAUGGAGAGCAUGAACUUACGUAGGAACCACAACUGAGACGCCUAGGCUGGGUCUUACCCGCACAUCCCGGACCACUGACUGAACUCACUCACUGACACAGAUCUGUAGUUUGGUGAUAAAGAGAGGAAGAACCAUGGGCCCCGGAACGUGGAGUCUAUUUGUGCUGCUUGGUUUGGCCCUCUGGAGCAACAGCCAUGCCCUCACCAAAAACCCCAUUCUCUCUCGCAUACGGAGGGCACCAGAGGCCAACGGAGAAAACAAGAAAUGCUCUUACACCUUCCUGGUCCCUGAGCAGAAGAUCACAGGCCCCAUCUGUGCUGCUCGCGGUUACUCCACUGACAAGGACAGAGUGACGCGCUUGGACGUGGCUGCAGUGCGCGACCUUCUGUCAAAGCAACGUCGGGAGAUGGAGACUCUGAAGUUGGUGGUCGACGUGGAUGGCAACUUGGUGAAUGAGAUGAAGCUAUUGAGGAAAGAGAGCAGGAACAUGAACUCAAGGGUGACCCAACUCUACAUGCAGCUGCUGCAUGAGAUCAUCAGGAAGAGGGACAACUCACUGGAGCUGGCACAGCUGGAGACACGCAUCCUUAAUGCAACCAGUGAGUCACUACGUCUGGCCUCCAGGUACAGGGAACUGGAGGCCAAAUACUCAGCCCUGUCAGCAGUGGUGAACAACCAGUCAGUACUGAUUGGAGCACUGGAGGAGCAGUGUAUGCAAGUGUACAGCCGCAGGCAUGAGCACCCACCCAUGGGACCUCCACUAGUGCAGGUGGUGCCUGAAAACAUUCCUGUCAAUGUGCCACGUUUCACCAAUGAAAUCCAGAGGGACAACACCCAAGGGUUUGUGCGGGAAAGGGGCUCUCGCUCUGGGCCAUCACCCACAAGUGGUACCCUGGAAGUCCUGAAACCUCCCGAGAGGAACUUCAGUGCAGAAGGCCCAUUCAGAGACUGUCUGGAGGCGCAGGAAGCCGGCCACAGCACCAGCGGCAUGUACCUGAUCAGACCAGAUGAAGCAGAGAGGCCGGUGCAGGUCUGGUGUGAACAAGACAUAGACAACGGGGGCUGGACUGUGAUCCAGACCAGGAGGGAUGGAUCUGUUAACUUCUUCAGGAACUGGGAGAACUACAAGAGCGGCUUUGGCAACAUAGACGGGGAGUACUGGCUCGGUCUGGAAGGUAUCUACAAUCUAGGGAGGCAGGGGGACUACAAGCUGCUGGUGGAGCUGGAGGACUGGAUGGGCAAAAAGGUAUACGCUCAGUACAGCAGCUUCCACCUGGAGCCACAGAGCGAGGACUACCGCCUGCGGCUGGGCACCUACCAGGGCAACGCCGGGGACUCACUCAGCAGCCACAACGGCAAACAGUUCACUACACUGGAUCGAGACAAGGAUGCUUUCUCAGGUAACUGUGCCCAUUUCCAUAAAGGAGGCUGGUGGUACAACGCCUGCGGCCAAGCCAACCUUAACGGAGUUUGGUACAAUGGAGGCGUCUACCGUAGCAAGUUCCAGGACGGGAUCUUCUGGGCCGACUAUGGGGGAGGCUUCUACUCCAUGAAAACUGUCCGCAUGAUGAUCAGGCCCAUAGACUGAGGAGACCAUGUAAGCCGGGCCGGUCCACGGGCAGCUGUGGAGGCCAAGGCACACUUCUGACUCAAGUCUUGACUCUGUGUCAUCGGCAACUGGUUGAUCCAAGAUAAAACUGCAUCAAUGGAGUUUGACCAUUGGUAGUGACUUGAAAAGCCUCCUGUUAUAGAAAAAGACUGUUUGAACAUUGUCCAUAUAUAUAUAUUAUAUAAAAUAGAAGCACACAUAGAGGGAUUUAUGGGACAUUACUAUUUAUAAUAAGCCAUAAAACUAAUUUUCCCACCAAAUACACAUGAUAGUGGGGGGGUAAUAAAACAUAAUGGUCUACAUUUUGUAGUUUAAUAAUCCAAGCUGCCUUUAUGAUAAAGAAACCAUAUUUUUUUCCCUCAUUACCAGGUCACCCCGUGGAGAGGAGGCGCCACAUCCUCACACAACUUCAUCGGUGUUGAUUUCAUUCAUAAGCUUUAGUGUCACAGGAUCUACAUGCAUCUCUUCCUACCUCGCCAAGAUAAACGUCAGGGGGAAUCUUUCCCUCAUCAUAUUGAACUUGUGCUACUCUUGCUGGGAGCUGGAAAAUACAUUGUGUUAAUAUCUAUUUAGAUUUAUUUAGACUCUGUAUCCAGUUCCAGAUUUAUAAAGACCAACAUCUUCAGAAGCUGGAAAAAGGAAAGAGGUUUAAACCCAUGUUUUAUUUCAUUUUUACUCCUUACACAUGAUAUAUCCUUUAUAAUGUAUGUUAAAGUACUUUGCCCAAGUACACGUGACCUGAAACUAUAAUUUAUGUGUGCAAUGAACUAAUCAUAACAGUGAAAAAAGGAACAGGUAUCCUGAGGGGGCAGUGAAUGUUCCUGCAGAAAAUAGAACUAAUUUCCUCCUCGGUAUAUGUGACAAUUAUUCUCAAAGUGUGCUCGCAAAUUGUUCUUAAUGUUUUUCUCAUUAGGGCCAUUGAUUCAAUUUCAGUAUGACUCUUGGAAAAACAAGCAACGUUGAAAGAAAGAGAGCAAGAGAAAGGAGAUGGAAUUAUUUUUUGUUUUGAGUGGUUUUGGAGCAUGAAAAAUAUGCCGACCAAGCGUGCUGAGUUAUAGGCAUUAGGACAGACAACGAGAAACACAUUGCCUAGAGCCAGACAGGAUGGAGGGAGAGAAGGAGAGUGGAGGGAGGGAGGAGAUGAACUGGGAUGGAAAGGGUCCAAAUUUCCAAGUUACUUUUCCCCCCCUCUUCCUUUUAAAUACAGAGAAAUGUACAUUCUUUCCGCACGAAAAGUGCUCGAUCUGUAUGUUUUCAUAAAGAAUAUCUUUCAUUGACAAAGUCACAGGCUCCUGCGUUCAGCGAUCGCCAGUGUAUGGAAGGAAACCAGUAUCCUUUGGGGGAAGCCUCUCCAUCCAGAGAGGAGGGGGAGCUGGAGGCUGGUGUUUGAACUGGUGGGUCUUCUUUGAACAACAGGGUUGGUUCACACACACGAAAAGACGAACAGCCUUUGUGCUGAAAAUAGACCCUCGUAUUCUGCUGGUAUUUCCUCAUUGACCACAAUGGCCCUCACACCCAUGUCUUUUACAAACUUCUGCUGGACUUGGCUGGACAUGGAAACAUGUUUAUGGACAUGUAAAAGAAAAAGCAGCAUCCAAUAAAAAUGACAUUACAACGUUAAAAUAAAACAGCAAUAAAACCAAUGAGUCAGAGUCCUUGGCAGAACAACAUUACACAACUAAGAGUCAAUAUUUAGUGGGACUCUCAUGUUCACAGAGAGCUCGUUUCAUGGUCUGAUUUAUAAAGUUGUAAUUGAUACAUGACAUUGUUAGUUUUAAGUCUUUGUUGAGAUUACGUGCACAUUUGAGUCUUAUCUUGUGGGGGUGAGUCAGGCAGAUAACUUGUUGUUUUAAACAGAACCUAUAAUUCUUCCUGACAGAGGGAGGUGCUGUACAAGUUCCCCUUCUUAAACUCUGCAGCAUUCGAGUUUUGCAGAAAUAACAGAUCUCUUAAAAAAUGUUCCUGGUUCUGUGUUUUCAUUUGGUAUGAAACAGGGAGACGGAUGAACACGACGCAAAGACAUCUCUU